UCAUAUUUCGUGAUUGUUGAAGUUAGUAAAAACCGGAGUUACUCGUAAUAUAUUGUAAACUAUAAUUUUUAGCGAGAUUGAAUAUCAGCAAGACUGUAAAUAGUAAGUAAGAAAUAAUACGAAUAUUAAUAUAUCAUUAAUAAAAGAUAAAAUGACUUUACAAAGAGGACUAUAUAAGUUAACCCAGCACUAUAUAUCACAAAGGUGUAUUUUAAGAGCAAGUCAAAAACUGUCUUAUUGUGAAUUACGACAUAAAUACAGCUCUGAUGCAGGGAGGAAGUUUACAGACAGACAUGAAUGGGUGAUUGUCAAUGAUAAUAUAGGGACAGUCGGUAUUAGUAAAUAUGCACAAGAAUCUCUUGGGGAUGUUGUAUUUGCUCAGCUCCCAGAGGUAGGAAUGAAAGUGAAUGCUGGGGAUGAAUGUGGAGCCUUAGAAAGUGUUAAAGCUGCAAGUGAACUUUAUUCACCAGUCAGUGGAGAAGUCACUGAAAAGAAUUCUCAAGUUGAAAAUAAACCUAGUCUCAUUAAUUCAGCGUGUUAUGAAGAUGGUUGGCUCUUCAAACUUAAGCUUACAAAACUGGAACAAUUAAAUGAUUUAAUGUCUGAAGAACAAUAUGAAACAUUCCUAAAGACAGACAUAGAAAAGGAUCACUGAAAAUUGAUGUUAACAAUAUAUAUUUAUUAUACCAAAGUUGUUAGUCUAUAAAAUAAAUGUUGUUUACUUAA